AUGCCUCAAGAGAUCAAGUGUCCUACCUCUGAUCCUGCGAUCCAUGAUCAAAAGAGAGUUACCGGGGGUAGCAGGUCACAUAAGAAAAAAGAAAUGGAUGAAUUCAAGCAUGAAUUAUUCAAUCCCCCUUCGAAAUCUGAUGGUCCAUCCUCUAUAAACCAUAAUAAUGUGUCCGAAAUUUCUGAGAUGGCCCGUCCCAGAAAAGUUACCUAUGAUAGCAUUGAUGAAGCCUCACAACAUCUAGCUCAGUUAUGUGACAAAGCCAUCGAUGCCGAAGAUAGGGCAAAUCGAGCUAAUCAGGAAGAAAUUUUAUGUUGGUGCCUCUACUGGAAGGAUUUCAGAGAUCAGCUUGAUGAAAUUAUCAGAAGCAAUGGUGGUAAAUUUGGUGAAAAGAAGGCGAGAAGUAUGCUUUAUGACACCAUCACAUUGUCUCUGGAAGCUGGUCAUGUGUCUGAAAUUUCUGAGACAGCCCGUCCCAGAAAAAAAUUGCCUGAAGUAAAUACACCAUCUACACCUCAAAUCACUCCAGCUAAAGCAGAUGAUAAUAAUCUCACAGAUCUCAAGGAGGAAGAUUUCUGUGGUGGAGGUCACCUCAUAAAUUCAAAGCCAGAAAACAAAGUAUCAGAUUUAUCUUUUUCUGAGCAAUGUGAAGAAAAAGGGCCUAUCAUGUUCGAAGCCAAACCUGAUUCAGAGUUAAUUAUCAAAUCCAUAAAACAUGGGAAUUAUGAAUUACAUAGUGAAUGGUACCACAAAAAUAGGAAUCAGCUCCCUUAUGAUCCCGAAUUAGCAAAGUUGUAUUCCCAAAAUAAGUUAGAAUAUUGUCUUACCUGCAACACUUCAA